GUUAAAUUAGGAAUUCGGAUCAACAGUUUUUAUUCUAUCAGUGAGUCAACAAUGGAUUACAUGGUGAGCUUCAACUUGCAACAACAGUGGCGUGAUAAAAGACUGCAGUUCAAUCCAAAUGAAACUAAAUUCAAAAUGCUGAAACUUGGUGAAGGAACCUGGUUGAGAAUAUGGAUACCCGACACUUUUUUUAGAAAUGAAAAAAAGGCCAACUUCCACGAUGUUACUGUGGCCAACCGUAUGUUACAGCUGAACAGUACUGGUUAUCUUCUUUAUGUGACUAAAAUAUCAGCCACAUUUUCUUGCCAAAUGAAACUUCAAUAUUAUCCUCUUGACACCCAGUUCUGCCCGAUAACAAUUGAAAGUUUUGGUUACACAACGGAUGACAUGUAUUUCCAAUGGAUGGACGGGAAAGCUGAAAAAGUAAUUGAUUUGGGAGAAAAUAAGAUUCUUCCACAAUUUACUAUUGAAAGGUUCAUUCGAAGAGACUGCUCACAGAAUUACACUGCAGGAACGUACCCAUGCUUGGAAGUGCGGUUCGUCUUGCGUCGUGACAUUGGUUUUUUUCUCAUCCAAGUCUAUGUACCCAGCAUCUUGAUUGUCAUACUUUCAUGGGUCUCAUUCUGGAUCAACAUAGAAUCAUCACCUGCCCGAGUCUCGAUUGGACUGCUGACUGUGCUGACCACUACAACCAUGAGUGCUGGAGCGAGGGCUAGUUUACCAAGAGUUUCAUAUAUUAAGGCUAUCGACGUUUGGAUGAUAUGCUGUUUGAUUUUUGUCUUUGCAUCGUUAAUAGAAUACGCUGUUGUGAAUGUUAUGUCCCGUAAGAAAAUAAAAUCUAACGUGAUAGAAAAGGUUAGCGGUUAA